UUUGCCAGGGCUUCACCAAUCGCGUCAAUCUUAUGGACAACAAAGAGGACCACUACCUGAACAUGGUGAAGACCUACAGCAAUUGUACUAUCGUCCUGGAAAACUUGGAGAUCACUUACGUAGAGGAGCACCGUGACUUAUCCUUCCUCAAGUCAAUUGAAGAAGUGAGUGGCUACGUUCUGAUUGCUCUCAACACAGUUUCUAGGAUUCCCCUGGAGAAUCUGCGCAUCAUUCGGGGUCACUCCCUCUACGAGGAAAAGUUUGCACUUUCUGUGCUUGCCAAUAUUGAUAAAAAUACAGGUCUUGGAACCACCGAGCUUCUACUGACCAGCCUGACAGAAAUUCUCAAAGGAGGUGUAAAGUUUGUGAACAACAAGCUUUGCAAUGUAGAAACAAUUCAGUGGUUUGAUAUUGUCAAUGCCGAAACUAAACCCAGCAUGGAACUUCCAGUGGCCGGAAACAACCCACUCUGUAACAAAUGCCACUCGAGCUGUUACAAUGGUUCAUGUUGGGCACCUGGUGCAGAAAACUGUCAGACCCUGACCAAGCUGAACUGUGCACAGCAGUGCUCAAAGAGGUGCAAGGGACCUUCACCAAGCGACUGUUGCAAUGAGCAUUGUGCAGCAGGAUGCACAGGGCCCACAGCCGCUGACUGUCUGGCCUGUCGGGACUUCCAGGAUGACGGGGUUUGUAAGGACUCCUGCCCUGGCCUCAUGCGCUAUGAUCCCAACCUUCACCAACUGGUCCCUAACCCCCAAGGAAAGUACAACUUUGGAGCCACCUGCGUGAAAAACUGCCCACAUAAUUAUGUUGUGACCGAUCAUGGUGCGUGUGUGCGGACGUGCAGCGGUAACACAUAUGAAAUGGAAGAAGGAGGUGUCAGGAAGUGUGCCAAGUGUAACGGACUGUGCCCAAAAGUGUGUAACGGACUUGGGUAUGGAAACCUGACUUACAUACUAUCUGUCAAUGCCACCAACAUCGGCUCCUUUAAAAACUGCACUAAAAUCACCGGUGACAUUACUAUCCUUAGAACAUCAAUUCAUGGUGAUCCCUAUACCAAAACACCAAAGAUGGAGCCAGCUCAGCUGGAUGUGUUUAAAACGGUUAGGGAAAUUACAGGACACCUGUGGAUUCAAGAUUGGCCGCAGAGCAUGAACUCGCUCUCGCCUUUUGAAAAUCUAGAAAUCAUUCGAGGACGGACAAAGCGUGGUAGCCGCAGCUUGGUUGUGACACAGCUCGAUAUCGACUACCUUGGCUUACGGUCACUAAAGGAGAUUAGCGACGGAGACGUGGUCAUUAUCAAAAAUCACAACCUUUGCUACAUGGAUGACAGCCACUGGAAGAGGUUCUUCAUAUCAGGAGGCCAAACUGCUACAGUCAAUGAAAAUGCAAAUGCUACCGUUUGUGUCCUGAGGAAUAAGACCUGUGACAGGAAGUGCACAGCAGACGGCUGCUGGGGCCCGGGCCCGGACAUGUGUUUCGCCUGCCGUGACUACAGCCGCAGCGGGAGUUGUGUUGACUUCUGCAACAUCCUGGAGGGCGAGCCACGGGAGGCGGUCAUGAAUAAAACCUGCAUGGAGUGUGACCCCGAGUGUCUACGCAUGAACGGGACAGCAACCUGUCGGGCGCCGGGUCCUGGAAACUGUACGAAGUGUGCCAACUUUCAGGAUGGACUGUACUGCGUGCCCCGUUGUCCCCAAGGCGUGCCGGGAGAGGGUGACACCUUGGUGUGGAAAUACGUAGAUGAGAAACGAGUGUGCCAGCUGUGCCACAAGAACUGCACCAAGGGGUGUGUGGGACCAGGUCCUGAAGGUUGCCAAGGUGAAAGGCCUUCAGGUCUCUCCAUAAUUGCAGCUGGGGUUGUUGGUGGGCUGCUGGCAGUUCUGGUCGCAGGCCUCUCUGUCUUUGUGCUCCUACGCCGCCGCCACAUCAAGAGAAAGAGGACAAUGCGCAGACUGCUCCAGGAGAGAGAGCUAGUUGAACCUCUCACUCCGAGUGGACAGGCACCAAACCAAGCUCUGCUGCGGAUACUGAAGGAACCAGAGUUUAAGAAAAUUAAAGUGCUGGGAUCAGGAGCCUUCGGUACAGUUUACAAGGGUCUUUGGGUCCCAGAGGGAGAGGAUGUGAAGAUCCCAGUGGCUAUUAAGGUUCUGAGAGAGGCCACAUCACCAAAAGCCAAUCAGGAGAUCUUGGAUGAAGCUUAUGUGAUGGCCAGUGUGGAACACCCGCAUGUGUGCCGUCUGCUGGGUAUCUGCCUCACCUCGACGGUUCAGCUCAUAACGCAGCUGAUGCCGUACGGCUGCCUGCUGGACUACGUCAAAGAAAAAAAGGACAAUAUUGGCUCCCAGCACCUGCUCAACUGGUGUGUUCAGAUAGCCAAGGGUAUGAACUACCUGGAGGAGCGCCACCUAGUGCACCGUGACUUAGCAGCCAGAAACGUCCUGGUCAAGACUCCUCAUCAUGUCAAGAUCACUGACUUUGGGCUGGCCAAACUCCUCAACGCAGACGAGAAGGAAUACCAUGCAGAUGGAGGAAAGGUGCCGAUAAAAUGGAUGGCUCUUGAAUCGAUUCUGAACAGAACUUACACUCAUCAGAGCGACGUCUGGAGCUAUGGUGUAACCGUCUGGGAACUGAUGACGUUUGGUACCAAACCAUAUGAUGGGAUUCCAGCCAGUGAAAUAGCCGGAAUCCUGGAGAAAGGAGAGCGCCUCCCUCAACCACCGAUCUGUACCAUAGACGUCUACAUGAUCAUGGUGAAAUGUUGGAUGAUUGAUGCAGACAGCCGGCCUCAUUUUCGAGAACUAAUAGCCGAGUUCACGAAGAUGGCUCGAGAUCCUCCGCGCUAUCUUGUCAUCCAGGGCGAUGACCGCAUGCAUCUGCCGAGUCCAACGGACACCAAGUUUUACCGCAGCCUGAUCAGUGGAGGGGACCUGGAUGAUGGCGUAGAUGCAGAUGAAUACUUGGUGCCCCAGCACAGCUUCUUCAGCAGCCCAAGCACCUCCUACACCCCGCUGCUUCACUCCACGAGCACUAAUAGCAGCAUAGGGACGAGCAAAACCAGAAAUGGCUUAAUGAACGGAGUCCCAAGCAGAGACGGAAGUAUGGUUCUCCGAUAUAUGCCUGACCCCACAGACAAAUUCCUGGACGAGGCCUUCCAGCCGGCUCCAGACUACAUGAACCAGAACGGAGUCUCCAAUGUGAUAAAUCCCGUCUACCAACAUUCAGGUCCACCUCGCACCCUUCUUCCAACCAUCUCUUCAGACGAUACAGAGUCAGAGUACCUGAACUACUUUAAGAACGGAGCCAACGGACCUGAAUACCUCAAUGAGCUCCCGUCCUCCACCGCCCUACCCCUCAACUCCAACAACACGGCCAUCGGCGGUCAAAACUACAGGCCUCAGAACAGCAUGGACAACCCAGACUACCAACAGGAUUUCACUCCCACUUUCAAGACACACACAAAUGGACACAUACCAGCAGCAGAGAACGUGGAGUACCUUGGUCCGGACUGAGGAAGGAAAUUGAAUAAAUCUGUGAAUAAGAGUCUGUUUUUUUUCUUCCUUUGGGAAAGUUAUUCUCUGUGGCUGGAAACUCAAUAUGUUGUACCAUGAGUGAAAACAUAUGCAAGAGUUUGUUUCUCAGCACCAAACUUUUCUCGCCUGAGAGCAGGAAUACGAAUGGGUUAAGUGUGUCUCAGUCAACCUUCGAACUGCUGGCUCCAACUGUGAAGGAUGGCUGCAGAAUGGAUUGGAACCUUUGUUGCUUGAAACUGAAACGAGUGGUACACAUUGCUGCAGACCUGUGUUGGACUCAAAAAUUUCUCAGUUUGGUGUCCAUUAAACACUGAAUAUGUGAGCAAA